UCUUUCUCCCUCCACAAAAAUCCAAUCUUUGGUGGCGAUUUCAGGCGAAGAAGAAUUUCAAGAAUGGCAUCUAAAACCCUUAUUCGAACUGGUGCUUCGUUGAUGAGCCGCUUGUUGAAUCCAUCGGUAAGUCAGAAUCCAAGCUUCUGCAACCAUCUUCUCGCGUUUCGUAGCCAAGAAAAUGCUGUUUCUCCCACUUUGCCGCUAUUAUUAUCCAAGUUCCAGACAUCUCUCAAUUUGUCCCAAAAUGAUUCUGAAACCAUCAGGAGAAUGUCUUCAGAAGGUUUUCUAUACCCUUGUGGGCUUCCUUCUCUGGAUUUCUUCUGCCCAGACGGAGAUGAAACUCCAAAUGAACCAAUGAUUCUAUUUCCCAAAAGAACAUAUCAACCAAGUACUCUUAGGAAGAAGAGAAACCAUGGUUUCUUUGCUAGGAAAGCAACCCGAGGUGGACAACGAGUAAUUGCCCGAAGAAUUGCAAAAGGACGAUACAGAAUUACCCAUUAGCUACUUUUUUAGGCUUUCCAAGUUAAAAUAACAAAUUCGUCAUUCUAGAGGUUGAUCAGGCUCACCUAUUCAAGGGUUUCCCCACCAAAGUUAGUCUGGUAAAUGCUACUCUACCUGUAAUAUUUUAUUUCCAGAAUUGUUUUUGUAGUUUGCAAGUUACAUGAGAAGGGAUUAUAAUUCACAUUGUCUGUUCUUUUUAUUAGUCCUGCAAAUUUAAAAGAUUUAUCAAAUUUUAUGUUUGCCAA